CAUGCCAGUUCGUGGCGGGAUCUCGCGAUGGAAUGUAUGUGGUCAUUUGAAACUAGAACUGCGAUCAACCACGUUACGGUAUCAUUCGCCAUCUGUUAAACUCUUAGUCGAAUUCAUCGCUUUGCUGUUAAGAUGUUUCUGGUAUGGUUCGUUAUUCUCUUGGACUUCGGAACUGUGUUUUGCGAUCCGUAUUUGGAAAUUACUCGCACUUGUGAACCUAUUCGCAUCAAAAUAUGCAGUAAUAUUGGAUACAAUGUGACAGGGAUGCCCAAUUUCGUUGGACAUGACAUUCAACGAGAUGCUGAUUUACAAUUACAAACUUUUACUCCUUUAAUUCAAUAUGGAUGUUCUUCAAGGCUUCGAUUCUUUUUGUGUUCAGUAUAUGCACCUAUGUGUACUGAAAAAGUACCUCAACCAAUUGGACCUUGUAGAUCUCUCUGCGAUUCUGUACAAGGAUUAUGUGAACCAGUGCUUCUAGAAUUUGGAUUCAAAUGGCCACCUGCCUUAAACUGUAGUCAAUUCCCACCAGUUAACAAUGAAAAACACAUGUGCAUGGAAGGUCCUCAACAGGAGGAGCAAAAGCACAUUCCGUUUAGAGACAGACGACCGUCACGUCCUGGAAUUUAUCGCGGCUCAGGAAAUUCCAUUAGCCGCCCUAGAUAUCAACACCCAGUAUCAUCAACACGUACAACCAGCAGAAAUAUGUGCAAGCAUUUACGAUUUUCGGAUCGAUAUUAUUACAUAAAUAAUACCGAUCGUUGUGCAGCUGCCUGUCGUGCUGAUAUUCUGUAUUCCAAAGAGAACAAAGAAUUUGCUCAAGUGUGGAUCGCUGUGUGGUCUUGUUUGUGUUUCCUAUCAACUCUCUUUACGAUCAUCAAAUCCUUCUCUAAAGGAGAAAAUUUCCGGUAUCCAGAAAAGAUCAUUAUAGUAUUAAGUUGGUGUUACUUUGUUUAUAGUAUUGCAUUUUUCAUUCGUCUUGUUGGAGGACGAGAGGAAAUGUCAUGUCAUUGGGAUUCCCCUUAUGGCGAGCCUUUACUUGUUCAAGGUGGCUUGGAUAAUAUCAACUGCACUGUCGUCUUUACAUUACUGUAUUUUUUCGGAAUGUCUAGUUUCAUCUGGUGGGUCAUUCUCACCUUGAAUUGGUUCCUAUCUGCUGGACUCGGAUGGAAUUCUGAAUAUCUAGAACGUUUUGGUACUUAUUUUCAUGUUGCAGCUUGGCUUCUUCCAGCAAUUAAAACUAUUGCAAUUUUAGUGAUGCAAGCAGUUGAUACAGAUGAACUAACAGGUAUUUGCUAUGUUGGAAACCAAGAUCUUCAAGCCAUGAUCCGAUUUGUAAUCAUACCAUCGAUCACUUAUUUUGCGGUUGGUGUGGUAUUUUUAUUAGCUGGUGUGAUUACAAUAUUCAAGAAUAAAAAAUAUAUAUCUAAAAUUGGAAACAGAGAUGAGAAGUGGGAAGUUCUGAUGUUCAGGAUUGGCAUAUUUGCUAUUUUGUAUACCAUCCCGUCCAUUUGUGUACUUGGUGCGAAUGUUUAUGAAUUCACAACUCGAGAAGCAUGGUUAUCAGUCAAUUCCACCAUUCGGCCCAAUGUUGAGAUCUUUACACUCAAGAUUUUUAUGUCUCUUGUUGUUGGCAUAACAACCGGUGUUUGGCUGUACACAUCCAAAACUUCCCAGUUUAAACGUGUUAAUUUAAAUCUAUCUAGUAAACUUUGUCCUCAACAUAGAAGUGUGCCAAUUUAUAGCCCUCAGAAUCAAGUAUUGCUUCUAAAUGGACUUAGACAAAAAAUGACUAUUGUUUGAAAAGAUAUUAUUGUGAUGAAGUUUCUCAUUCAAACUGAUUUUCAUAUUUCAUUGUCACGACUUAGAUUUUAUUCCUGAAUAUUAUUUUAUUCAUUUUCGAGACUCGGUUCAAUAUGUGUUACUGCGAGUACUAUAUAUGCAUUUUAAACUAGUGUAAGUACUGUGACUUCAUAUCAUUUGGCUUCAGAAAUAAUUUAUAGUACAUACUGGUGGCAUAUAAGACUUAAUAUUUAAAAUGUGAUAAGUGACUUUUUUUGCUAUCGAAUACUUAAUGUACAUAGAGUGUAAAAACAGUUUUAAUUCAAUGUUACAUCAACAGAAUUUUUAAGAAAU